CAAGUACCGUUCCCUCUCGAACCAACCAUCGAGUCUCAGCUGUCACCACAGAACCACCGGAAGUAGAAGACAUCUACCAUAGUUCCCACCUCUGCAAUAGAAGUAUAGAAGAUAUCCCAUCAGAUCUUGACAACUAGCAUUGCCAAAGACACACAAGGACCUUAGGGACAACACAAGAGCCAACCGAUAACGAAAGAUUUAUCCCGCACCGAUAGGAUCUUCCAAUACAGUACCGUACUGUGCGAGCACUCGAAACACAAAACGGUUCGAUCGCCCAUAGAAACCAGGCAGCUCCUCCCUGUUGGCACACAGUCCCAUCCCAUUGCCAAUCCACUUGCGAAAACAAACCAGACACCCUUGAAGUUGCUCCCCCGCAACUGACCCGUCCCUCGAGCUAUCCUUCGAUGAACCGGUUCUCGAACCAUCCACUCCGAGUUUUGUUUGUUUUUGUUGGCUCUGUYAGCCGUCUUUCGAUACCCGUUGCGCCGCUCUGUUCCAGAACGGAUCCACCGUCCCUCUGUCCAUCCACCGAUUGAGCCCAGCGCCAYCCAACACAACACCGUUAUCGACCCCGGCAUUGCUCUUCCAGCUGGACACAAAUCCUCCACUAUGAGCAGCCUGUACUACCAGGAUCUACAGCACGAACAGCAGCAGCAACAGCAGCAUCGGCAACAACAGCAUCRACACCAGCACCAACAGCACCACUACCAGUACCACCCACAACACUCGCACCCGCACCCGCACUCCCACCCGCACCCACACCAAGAACCACACCAUCCACACUACGAAAGCCAGAACUACCCUUCUCACUAUCACUACCAGCACCCGGACCACCAACGGUACCCACACGAACCAAUCCGAUCGCACCACUCGCACCGAACCCAAGAGAACGCCCCCUCGCCGGAUCAGGACUACGAUCCGCACCACUCCCACCCGCACCAACUCCACAGCAAUGCGUGUUCGCACCGGCAGACGUCUCCCCACAGUGCCUCCAGCCGCGGAAGCAGAAGCUCGGACGUCUCUCCGUACCUGGAAAGCCGGGAAGCCCUUCUCGACGCCCUCGCCGCGAAGAUCUCUCUCGAGUCCAAGAACUAUUGCCUGGACAGCUACUUUCCACCGGAGGUAGACCGGCCCGGCUGCGGGCUUCCCCGCCAGCAGAACGUCAUCCACGCCGCCUGGAGGGAAAAGAUCUGCCAGUGGUCCUACAACGUUGUGGACCACUACAAGCUGCCGAGGGAAAUCGUUUCCAUCUCGAUCAACUACUUUGAUCGCUUCAUGGCGACCCUGAGCACGGCGGAAGAAGACAGCGCCAUGGGCAACAUCAACGGCAACAUCAACGCCAACAGCAAGAACAAGGCCAAGGAYACCAAGACCGACGGCAAGACGAAAUCGGGAGAUCUGGCGCUGCUCGCUUCUCUGGGCACGCUGCAUCUCGCUACCAAGGUGCAUCUCACGAACCACAACGACUACGACCCGGAAAUGGGGCCCCUAGAAAGCCAGCACUACAAGAUUCCCACCCUGCUGAGCCUAGCGACGCUCUCUAGGGGACAGUUCGGUCCCGACUCGAUCCUGGAGAUGGAAAAGCAACUCCUCGGGGCACUGGAGUGGAAGCUUCACCCCCCGACUCUCUUUGCCCUGAUAAACAUGCUGCUAGAGCUGAUUCCAACAACGCGAGAGGAUCCCAUCGAGGGCAUCAAGAAGAGCAUCCGCGACGAUCUCUUUGAGGCCGCCAUGUACCUGGCCGAGCUCUCCGUCUGCGAUGUCUUUUUCGUGGAGCAUCAGGUUCCCUCGAGCACGAUUGCCCUGGCGGCCAUUUGCACCGCCAUGGACUCCCUGAGCAGCGCGAUGGAAACCUCGAUGAUGGCCGGCUUUGACGCGAGUCACCUGAGGGGGAGCGGCUGCUUCUCGGACCACCACAGGCGCGUCUUUCUCGAGACGUGCUCGGAUCGCCUCGGCCUCGGGGCCCGAAACUCCCACGACCGAGCCCUCUUUCGAAAAACCAUGGAGCGUCUCUUGGCCAUCCAAAAGGGAGCCGAAGACGCCGGCCACCUCAGCCACAUGGAGGAGGCGGAGGUGGAAUCCGACGUCAACAGCCCCACGAAUCCCCACGACGAGAUCCAGCAGCGCUGCCGAUCAAACUCGUACAACCCCCCCACCAGCCCCGCGAGCAUUGCCGACAUGAGCAUGUCGACGAUUAACUCGUGCAUUCACUCCAUGGCCGAAACCACCCUUGGGGACCGGGAGACCGCCAGCCUCAAGCGGGGGGACAGCAUGGCCAACUCGAGCAUCCCGACGCGUAACGAGUCCAUGGUGUCCUCGAUCGACUGUCAGAGCCAGAGCGUCCACACGCAAAAGAGCGCGCAGGGGGCGAGGACGGCAAGCAACGGCGGGAGGGACACGCCCGAUUGCGGCGACACGAGCAACAGCAGCUGCAACAACUCGAACAACUUUCGGUACUCGCCCUCUCCCAAGAGCGACGACGGCGACGACGACGACGACGACGGGUUCCGCAAGAACCGCGGGGAGGAUCCCCGCGUUGCCGACUUUCGGCGCCGGGUCGAGGCCUCGCUGGUGGUUUCCGGCAGCGGCCGGAGCGACCACCUCCACGGCGAGAUCUACUACCAUCCCUCGGGGGGCGACAGCGGGUCGCAGCMGGGGAGGGAGGGCCACUUUGGCAGCAACAGCGGCRCGGCCAUGAUGUCGUGCUCUCCCAUUGUCGCGCUUCGCUAGCGAGCGAGCGAUCCGGGCAGGUGUCGGCAGCAGCGAACUUUCCAGCCACGAAAGACUAGGUGGCUGCCAACGAACCCCGGGAGACCAAAAGCGAAGAACGAGCGAGCGAACAAAACAGAACAGAACAGAACAGAACAGAACCAAAGCCAACGAAGAAACAGAAAGGGGGCGACGCCGUCCAACAGAGGCCACACAUGGGCCUCUUCCCGGCUCGCUCCUUUCCCCCCGGGGCCGAACCGUAUACUUCACGAAGUGCAUGCGCUAUAUUAUACACAUAUUCUAUUGUUCUAUGGCGGCACAUUUYGACAACUCUACAACUAUUGAUACUAUUUUCUGCGCGAACACUAUACCAAGAAAAAGAAACAAACCAGCGACGCUAUCACAACUUGCUUGCUACACUAUACAGUACUACAACACACGGCAAGCUAUGGGCGAACGACCACGAAUCGUCACUUUUUCCGAUGCACGGAUUCUAUAAAUUCAUAAACCAACCAAUGCCAACGGAUGCCGAGUCCUGCCCUGCAUCCAUUUUGUGACGCAACGAUAUUCUUGCGGUGGCACAGGGUAGGAAGAAAGAGAUAGCACAGUA